AUAUACACAAUAGGAUCCAAGAUGGCUGAGUUUGGAGCUUCAAACCACGGGGAUUCGGCUCUGAAUUACCAAGAAAAGGAGUUAAAUGAGAGAUUGAAACGCUUGUAUCCGGCUGUGAACGAAGAUGAGACUCCGCUGCCUCGAUCGUGGAGCCCGAAGGACAAGUAUAACUAUAUCGGAUUGUCACAAAACAAUCUCCGUGUUCAUUAUAAAGGUCACGGAAAAAACCACAAAGAUGCUGCAUCGGUUCGUGCAACGCACCCGAUCCCUGCUGCUUGUGGCAUAUAUUACUUUGAGGUGAAGAUCGUUAGCAAAGGCAGAGAUGGAUAUAUGGGAAUCGGAUUGUCAGCCCAGGGUGUCAAUAUGAACCGGCUGCCCGGGUGGGACAAACAUUCAUAUGGCUAUCAUGGAGACGAUGGACACUCCUUCUGUUCUUCAGGUACAGGACAGCCAUAUGGUCCCACUUUCACCACUGGCGAUGUCAUUGGCUGCUGUGUUAACCUUAUAAACAACACCUGCUUUUACACGAAGAAUGGUCACAGUUUGGGAAUAGCAUUCACAGACCUGCCUCCUAACCUGUAUCCAACUGUGGGGCUUCAAACUCCGGGUGAGAUAGUAGAUGCCAAUUUUGGCCAGCAGCCAUUUGUGUUUGACAUAGAAGAUUACAUGCGUGAGUGGAGGGCAAAGAUUCAUGGCACAAUUGAGCGAUUUCCUAUAGGAGACAGACUAGGGGAAUGGCAGACGAUGAUGCAAAACUCAUUGUGUGAGAAUUUGUUUUAUAGCAUGGUGUCGUCCUACCUGGUGCAUCAUGGGUACUGUGCAACAGCAACUGCCUUUGCCAGAGCAACAGGGCAGACCAUUCAAGAGGAGCAGAGUUCAAUCAAAAACAGACAGCGAAUACAAAAGCUAGUUUUAUCAGGAAGAGUGGGUGAAGCUAUAGAAGCAACACAACAGCUAUAUCCAGGAUUACUUGAGCGUAAUCCAAACUUGCUGUUCAUGUUAAAGUGUCGGCAGUUUGUGGAGAUGGUGAAUGGUACAGACAGUGAAGUGCGCUGUUUCAGUGGUCGUAGUCCAAAGUCUCAAGAUAGCUAUCCUGGAUCACCCAAUAUGAGCCCUAGACACGGAGCAAAUAACUCGCACCUCAACAAUGCAGGAGCAGAUAGCCCAAACUGCAGCAAUGGAGUUGUAUUGUCAAAAAGCAAACCAGUGCACAACAAAUAUCCAGCUAUAAGUUCCUCAUCAUCAUCAUCUUCGUCCUCUUCCUCGCCCUCCUCUGUAAACUAUUCAGAGUCCAAUUCUACAGACUCUUCCAAAUCCCAGCAGCACAGUAGUACAAGUAACCAGGAAACCAGCGAUAGUGAAAUGGAAAUGGAACCAGAGCACUACACCAACGGAGUCUUGGAAAACACCUCCACUAGAAUAAUGAAUGGCAACUAUAAGCACGAAGAAAUCCUGCAGACGGAUGAGUCCAGCAUGGAGGACAGUUGCCCUCAGCGCCAGCUCUGCGGAGGUAAUCAAGCUGCAACAGAACGCAUGAUCCAAUUUGGGCGAGAGUUGCAAGCCUUGAGUGAACAGCUUUGCCGUGAAUAUGGAAAGAAUACUACACACAAGAAAAUGUUACAGGAUGCAUUUAGCCUGCUAGCAUACUCUGAUCCUUGGAACUGUCCAGUUGGUCAGCAGCUUGAUCCUAUCCAGAGAGAACCUAUCUGCGCUGCCCUUAAUAGUGCUAUAUUAGAAUCUCAGAAUCUGCCAAAGCAGCCUCCGUUGAUGCUUGCACUGGGCCAGGCUUCCGAAUGCCUCCGACUGAUGGCACGUGCAGGGGUUGGAUCCUGCUCAUUUGCCAGAGUGGACGACUAUUUGCACUAACUGCUGUGGCAAUGGAAAGACCUCAAAUACUGCCCCUCACCUCCUGUUCAAGAUGUACAACAACCCCUCCCCUCUUCUUGAAGACCAUCGCACUGCCCACCAGACGGGUGCUGACCAUUCUCCUUUCUUGCCAGCAUCCUUGUUACAUUUUAUCAGGUUACAUGACUGAAUGCAUUGCAUUGAAAGAGAUCAUGGGUGCAGUAAUGCACAGUACAAACGUAGCAUAUUUCUCUUUUUUUUUAGUCACUGUGUCACCAGUAUUUAGCCCUGGAGGUCUUGUCCUAUGCUAGCCUCUAUUGUUUACUGGUUAUCAUUAGGGCUGUAACAAAACUCAUGUAUUUUGAAGCUUUAAGCAUUUACAUUAUUUAACAAGACUGAAAAACAUCUUGGUUUUGUAGCAGCAUUACCUGAUGCAGUUUUAUUCUCCAGCAUUAAUAAGUGCUUCAAGUCCAGUCCCCAUUUCCUUUAGCAAAAACUCAUUGACACUCAAAAGCUUUGGUAUAUACUGUUGCAGCCUUGAAUUUUCACUUUAUUUCAUCCAAUCCUUUGCAAAAAAAAAUACAAUUAUUGGUUUGUUACAGCCCCAGUAAUCAACCACGUUUGGUUUACAUGACCGUGUUCUACCUGUGUAUAUUUGUGUGGAACAAUGCUGCUCAUCAUCACUUUUUGGUUUUGCUUUCCUGCCUUCAGCCUCUAGUUGCACAGCCAUAGCUUCCCCUUGUUUCUUACUGGAGGUUUAAUUCAAAACCUGCAUGUCAGAGAGUUCUGAGCAGCCUCCUACUUUUGAGCUCUGUUCCUAUCGCAUUGUCCUCCACCAGGCCUUCCUUUUCAAUAACAGUGCCACCAAUUCUCUAGGUCAUUUAUCAGUAACAAAUAGUGUUAGGGUUGGGAGGGAGGUAAUGGUAGCCGGUAUAAUGUGAGUACAAAGCUAAUAAACGUUCUAGGAGCCAAGGAAACUAAGGCAAAGGCCAUAUCGGCAGUAGAAAUAUAUAUAUCUUCAGCUUUACUACACAACAUCCUUCCUUGGAAGGAUUUAUUAAAUGUUUUCAUGUAAUGCCUCUGGGAAAUUUAGUUGAUUAGUGACUGGUUUCAUUGGUACCUGAUUACCACAACACUGAUUGUACAAUUAAUAAUAUUGUAGUUGAAAGCUGGAAAUUUACAAUCAGCUCUGGAUGGGGAGGUGGCAGGUUGAGGUGGGGGUGGGGAGCUACUCUGAAAAUUUGCAAGCUCUUAUCAUCUCAAUCAAUCAAUUAGUCAUGCCUGUCCAAUUAGCCCCACCUAAAAGCUACAUGAACAAAAUCACAAAAUUCCUACAGCAAUAUAAGUCACCAGAGAAAUAUUAUAAUGACAACACCAGACACAAGCCAAGAGACUUAAUUUGCUGGAGAUUUAUGUGGCUGCUUAGAAUGUCAUAAAAUAGCAAUCUGUCUAUUUGGAAUUCAUCAGUUCUAUAUGUAAUUAUACAGAAAGCAAAAUGUUGUUAAUUGGACAAUAAGCAGUGACCAUGCAUCAAACCGAUUGAGCAGUUAUUCUAAAUUGUAGCCUGUAAGUCUGAAUAGGAACUGGACUGUGUAACUGCUUCAUUGUGAACUACAUGGUGGAAUUGUUCUCUUAGCAAGUUUGGAUUGACAUGUUGACUUUUAAUUUUUUUUUCUUGAGCAAAUUGGGAUGAUGGGCAUUUGGGUUUUAAUAGUUUUACAAAAAUAUUACCAUUACCACCUCUUGUAAACUUAUUUCGUAUUGGUGCUAUUCUAAAUCAGAUUCACUGUGUCUUCUCUCAGCAUUUGAUGCUAAAUUCAGUUCCUUUGUCCCUGAUUUAAAUUAGAUAUGGUUUCCAGAGAAUUUCAAAGAGGAAGUGUGCAUGUGUCUGAAUCAGCACACAUUCAGACCUGUGCAUUGUGGACAUGAUCAUAUAACACUGCUUGAAAAAAAUGUGAGGUUUAAUGCCUGUGGAAUUGCAUGAUCCUAUGUUAAUUUACUUGCCAUCUUGUUGUUGACUUGCCUGAGAGCCUGUAGCAAUUUUUUGCUUUCAGAUGGAAUGAGGGAGCCAAAUGACAAAAUGUAGUGAUUGCAAGAAAGGAUCAUGUUCCUGAACACAAUCUCAGUGGAAGAUGGAACCACUUCUUGGCAAUACUUGAAAAUAAAAUAUGAAGGAUAAUGGGCAACUUAAGCAAGACCCCUAACAUAUAGGAAUAAUUGCCAUUUUAAGGUUCAGUUAAUACAGUACCUUCCAUUUUCGAGAGUUUUUGUCAAUAUGGACAAUAAAAUGUCGUUUUAGACCAAUUAGACUUUAAAAAGCCCCUCUUCAAAGAAUUUAAUAAUGAAUUGUAGAAUGGAUUAUUGGUUUAAAAACACACUUCCUCAGCUUGAGCAAAGUUGUCAUUUGUAGCCAACAUAUUGCUUGUAACCAGUAAUAAUUUCUUAAAAUAUUACCAAUCCAUUGUUUAUAUAUAUAUUUUUUUCUCCUAUAAUUCCCUUCCCAUUCUCUCUCAGCUGCUGUGGGCAUUGUUCGCCGCUAGGGAGACCAGACAGCUUUCACAGGUCUCUGCAUAUUCCACAUUAAUUUGCUACAGGGAUAUACGCAGGACUGAUCUGGUAUGACCUCCACUCAGCUCAGCCAGUUCUUAAAGUUUGUAAAGUAUGGAGUGCAGCAUGUGACUGCCCAUUGCUCUGCUCAAUUGUGUAGCAUUUGGGGAAAAACCUAAUAUGUAUUUAAUGUUUACUGAGAACUUUAGUUAUUGAAUUUGAUUGGGAAUUUCAACACUGCAAAUUUUUUUUUAAAUGUACAUGUUAAUAUUUAAGCACUUGUGCAAUCCAUAAUGUUAAAGAAAUAGACUGUUGUAGUUACGAAAUCCCUGUUAAUGCAAUGAUGCUAAAUUUCUGCUCAUUGAGUUAUCAGAAACCAGAUGUUUCUUGUCAUCCACACACACCACACACUUCACCUACAUAGCUGGGAUAAUUUAACCACUAUGGUUGUUUUUCUGUGCCACUGAUUUCCUGAUGAGGCCCCCUUGUUCCUAUGUCAAGAGGAUUUGAACACUGAUGCCUUCAGUGUAACUUUGCCUGACUGAAGAUGUGACAGAAUCCAUUACUUUGUUCUACCAAGUGUGACUGUGGCUAAUAAUUAUUGAAACUUAGCAAUGCUCCUCCACUAAACUAAGGCACAUUUUCCCCACUGAAGCGAGAAUUGAUCUUGAGGGAAUGAAAUUGGGUCAGUGAUGUGUGAAGGAAAAUCCACUGAAGUUUUUUUCUGCAUCCAUGGAAAUUACCAGCCAGUCCCUGACUGAACCUGAUUUUAUCUGGAGUCUGGCGUAAGGGAAGUGAUGCAAUAAAUCACUCGCCUGCAAUUACUGUAAUUUUAUAGCCUAAUACAAAAGGAAUGAAGUUCCUGAUACCUUCCAAACUUAACAAAAAUGCUGUCAGCUAGUUGUGUUCGAGAACACCAAACAGUUUUUAAUGAUGGUCUCUGCCACUGUGCAGUUCUGAAUGGUAAGUGUAAGUGGAGUGUGAGUCACAUGAAACGAUUUGAGGUUUGAGUUGCUUUUGACAUUUUUAUUUUCAGAAUGAUCUGACUAUACCAAUCUUAAUUUUAGCUUUUGAUAAGAUUCAUGGGGAAUUUGGAGCUCUCAAAAGUUCACCCUUCAUCUUUUGGAAGCUUCUACUGUUUAAAUACAUAAGUCAAUAUUGAUUUUGGCUGUUAGACCUAGCUUAAAGUCAAUGCCUUCCUUGUACUUGGAUUUGACAGGGGAUUAAUGAAAAGGGAGUUAUAUGGAAUUGAUCUGCAAUCUGAUUUUUAAAAAAAAAAUUAAAUGACAAUUGUUCAUCUAUCAUAAGUGAAGUAGAUGUAUAUCAUUUGAUAUGAUUUCAUUAAGAGCAUCAAGCAGAAGACAUUCUUUGUAGAGUUCCCUCUUCUGCUACAGUACAUUCAGUGAUGUCACAGUGAAACAAUUUGUGCAUUAUCCACUUUUUCCCCACUGGAGGGAAAGGGAUUUUCACGUUUGUUUACACUAAUUGCUGAAGUAUAAAACUUAAGUGUUAAUUGUAGACUAAAUUACGCCAAAUCAUUUGCAACUGUUGACCUUUUAAGAGAUUUAGUCAGUUCCAAUUGCUGGAUAGCCUAGUAUUACUGAAAGAUAAUGAUUUAGAUAAGCAAACAGGUAAUAAAGGACUUCUGUCUAUAGGUUGUGGGAUGUUUCACUUAAGGUCAUGCUUAAUCUGAUAAUAAGUCCAAUUUAAUUGAACACUGCAGUUAUUUUAAUAUGAAUUUAAUCAGGGUAAUAUCUGACCACACUCUCUUUCAGAUUUUUUUUUUGGUUACAGAUUAGUUCAGUCAUUUCGCCUACAAACCAUGUCAAUAAAUUAAAAUGUAUAAAGGUUAUGCUCGAAAAGAUCAGCAAUUUAGUUCUUUAAGGGAAGAUAAAUAAAUGUUUGGAAAGGGAGUGUCAUGUUUAUAGAGUGUGGUCCAAUAAUGAUUGCUAACUAACCCCAGCUGAUACUACAGUAUUUUAGCCACAGUAGAAAUAGAAAAUGGUUGUACACACAAGACAAGUACAUAUACCUUGCGUAUAUUUACUUAGCAUCUACCACCAUUCAGUAACCCAAGGAGUAACAAAGCAAUCACAACAACCAAAAAAACUUUCACAUUUUUGUUUAGCCAUUUUAGCAACAACUGCACAGUGUAUGUGCCACCUGUCUGUGGGAAUCAUAUGCCCCGCUGAAUAUAAAUGGAAUUCUUUUAGCAAAUCAGAAUGUUCAAUUGGCCAGAUAUGACGACGGUUGGGCAAUAAUGAUGUAGUAAAAGAAACAUUUUUUUUGCAAUUACCCUGCUUUGUUCAUCAGGCUCUCUCAUGAUUUUUUUUGACUACAUUCCCAUCCUUUUGAAAAUAUAUUAAAUCAGAAAUAGGGAAACACUUGAUCAGUUUGUGAUGCUGGAUAGCUUAUGGUCUGCUGAUACCUGCAAAUUGACAUUUCAACAGAAUGCCCCUUUUUGGAGAUCCAGCUAGACAUUGGUGGUCUUGAAAUUGCAUACUGAUGUACAAUUGGAGAAUACUUCUUACAGAUUAUACUGGGCUUUCAAAUAAAUAUUUCUUUUCUGACUGGCUGCUAAUGACCUUUUUAUAUAUAAUGUCAGUGCAACAGCCAAACCAGACCUAAUUGCUAAACUCUACUUAGCUUCCUCUUUCCCUCUCCUCCUGCUUCCCAUCCCCAGUAAUAUCAGUGAAAAGAAAUUAAAUAGCAAACCAAUGGCAUUUAACUGUCCAGAACAUCGUUGGCAAAUUAAUAACCUUGAAAAGCCUAGACAAAAGGCACAUUGUAUUUAGUAACAAGAACCUGUAUUCAGUAUUGUGUAUUUACAAAUAAUUGAAAGACCAGCAAUAGCUAUGUUGGAUAUAGUGCAACUGGUUACAUUUACAAUCCAGUUGUUACUGUAAGCUGGAAAACUGUAUUGUGUACUAGGUAAGUGUGAAUGAGUGUGGAGGCAUCAUAGUAUAUGAUAAACUAUGACAACUUUGUAAAACCAUGUAUUUUCCUUUCUCAUUUGUUUUAACUAUCUACCAAUUAGUAAUGAGGUUGGUGAUGUCACCUUAAUGAGACAAUCUAAAAUUUAAUUGAAAUUAAAGUUUCUAAUUUUGUUUUCUAGCACUCGGCAUUGGAAACAAUGUUUCUAAUUUGUAUAUUGUCUCAAAAAUCUUUUUAAGGCUGCAGUUGUGUGCCAUUUUGACUUUUCUUUCUAGCUGUAUGUUUUCAAUCCCUCUGUCCCCAUGCAGCUACAUUUUUUGCUGAUUCGGGAGAUAGUUUACAAACUCUGAUAAGUUGAAAAAAGUGGUACAAUUUACCUCCUAUCUUCUCUUUCUGCUAAAUUUCCCAAAUGAGUUCUGAUUCUGGAUGUAACCAAACAGUAAUUCAGAAAGAGAAGCACGCUGUAAUUUAACAGUAAUUUACAUUUGCACUCUCACAAAACCCUGAGGUUAAUGCUUUUGAGUUUGUACCAGGCACUUUGAAAUAUGGGAACAGGAGGUCUCAUUUUUCCUGAUGUUAUGAAGUGUACUGAAGCAUGGCUUUGAAUUUUUUUUGUGUGCGCUCUUUUCCCUUGGUUGGGCUCUGCAAAACUAAUGCUGAUUAUUUUUUUUUAUUUUUUUUUAGAAUAAAACAAUACAAAUUGUGUGACACUAUUUAAAAAUUUAAAAGUUCUGUUAAUCUAGUAAUUCUAGUUUUGUGUACUUAACUGCUCAGCUUGAAACUAUAGUCAUUUUGUUUAACGGAAGGGAAGGGUGAUAAUAAAAUUUUAAAUUCUGUAUACAGUAUAAAAUGUAUACAUUGUAAUUUAAUGAUUUUCUUUUGUUGCUCCAAACUCAGGUAUGAUGCAUACAAUUACAGCAUGGAAUGUGAAGCAAGUUAUUUCAUUUUACCAACACAAUACUCAUGAACUAAUUUCUGCUCCAUGCUCAAUAUCAGUUUAGAUUUGUUAUGAAUUCAAUAAAUGAACACAUGAGUUGUGCACAAGUACAAUGGUUGUUCAGUUUGAGCAUAGUAAGUAUUUGUGAAGCAAAAUUACCCAGUACGAGCAUGAACAUUUGAGAAACUUUUAAAACAAAAGUAAAACUCAAAAAAAAUGUACUAGAGAUAUGUUAAAACAAAAUGUAUU